GGGUAAAUGAAGGGGGCAGGCAGCAGAGAGUAUUAACAUAUCCAGACCAGGAAGAGAGAGGACUUUCAAGGGGGGUUAUUUAGUCCUGUACCUGUACACGGAGGCUGGGGCAGUCGGAGAUCGCGAUAACAAAAGUCCUGAGUGGCUGAAAUUCAAACACAUUGAUUUAUUGGUGAAAAGCAAGAUGAUGAGAUAUGAAGAGAACUAAAUAAGCAGCGAGGCAAGAACACAAAUAAGAGGCUGAAAAGAGUGAGGUUCCAGUUUGAAAGGUCAACUUUAACAGUUUGCCAGUAAUCCUGAGAAGACCACAAGAUGGCUGCACAAAAGCUGGACGAGCUCUGUUAUUUGACAGCACAGUCAUUAACAUCACUUAAGACCUCUGACCACUUCCGAGUCAUCAAGCUCCUGGGUGAAGGCUCGUACGGCAAGGUCAUGCUGGCGGUUCACAGGAAGAAAGGAACUCCCAUGGCCCUGAAAUUCUUUCCCCGUGAAUGUACCUCCCUCCUCUCCUUCCUCCGCGAGUACAACCUCUCCCUCUCCUUCUGCUCGCAUCCCUCUCUCUCACGGGCUCUGGGCAUCUUCUUUUCCACUCCCUCCCACUACGUCUUUGCCCAGCAGCCCGGACUCUACGGAGACUUGUUUGAUGUCAUCAUCCCAGAGGUGGGUAUGGAGGAGGACUGUGUGCAGAGUGUGGUAUCUCAGCUAAGUGGCGCUAUCUCCCACCUUCACUCCCUGGGUUUUGUCCACCGGGACAUCAAGCCUGAGAACAUCUUCCUGUGCGACCGAGGGGGCCGCUGGGUCAAACUGGGCGACUUUGGGCUGACCCGAGCUCGGGGAACACAGGUGCGGGCGGUGUGGUACGAGUCCCCGUACUGUGUUCCAGAGGUGGAGGUGGCGAAGCAGAGAGAGGCUUUGCCGGGAGACAAAGGCAAAGAGGAAGGAGAGGAGUCGAAGGAGGUUAUGUGGAUCUCUGUAGAGCCCAGUAUAGACAGCUGGGCUCUGGGGAUUGUAAUUUAUUGCAUGUUGACAGGCUGCUUUCCCUGGAAUGAAACUACAAUGGGCGACCCGUCAUAUAGGAAGUAUAAGGAAUGGUUUGUCAUGGAGAUGGACAGGGAAGCUAAACAUGGCUGCAACAGUCGAACUGAGAGGAAAGACACUGGUAAGCGGGGGGAUGCAGAGAGGUCAAGGCAGAGAGGCAGAGGUCAGUCCCAAGGUCCAAGGCCUCCCCCUGCUCAGUUCUCUGCCUGCAGUCCGCUGGCCCUCGCUAUGUUCCAGAAGCUGCUGAACCUGUACCCAGAGCAGCGAUCGGAGCCGGAAGAGGUGCUCGGCUACCUGGGAAUGCCUUGGCUGCUUGAGACGGAGAAACGGGAGAAGAGACAGGGUCAGGAGGCAGAGGAGGAAGCGAGGAAGAUCCAAGAGGCGGGACAUGUGGGGGAGAAGAAGGAGCGGGAGGGAAGAGGAGAGAGAUAGAGCAGGCUGCAAAAUAUAUAAUUAACAUUUCAUAUAUAAUAUUAUACAUAAGUAAAAUCAGGUAGAAAGUGACUAAGAAAUAUAAAAGGCAGAGAAUGUUGUAAAAGACAGAAAAAUACUGUAAUAUACAAAUAGUUGAAAUAAUAUUUUAUUGUUUUAUUGGUAUAAAGUUUAGUUUACAUGGCUGGAAAUAUUCCUUACAAAUUUUAGUGUUAUAUGUAGAAUAGGACUGCAUGUGAUGUUUGCCCUGUCAUGUACUAAGAGCGAUGCUGGAUUAAUUAAAUGUUUUUUAGAUACUUUCCACCAUCAUGAUUUGUUGUACAAUAAACCACAAUAAGACCUUC